AUAUCUUCCUCCUCCUCUCUUCGAUCUCAUCGCUACCCCUCUCUCUCUCUCUCUCCUCUCCUCUCCCAAAUCUCAGCACACCAUGGCCCAGCCAGCGCCCGUCGCCGCCGCCGCAGCAGCAGCCGAUGGGCAAGUCCAAGGCGGACGCCAGCAGCAAGGAGGGAUUGGCCAGAGCAUCGGCGGAAUCAUAAGGAUGGCUGUGAUUUGGUACUUCGCUUCCAAAUUCUUCUCCUCCUCCUCCUCCAAGAAGUCCUCUGAUCCUUCUCAGCUCAUCUCCAAUAUCUUCCCCAAAGGCGAACCUCUGGAUAUGUGGUUUUAUAUCACUGAACAUGAGAAGUUCAGUGAAUUCGGGAGCGAAAGUGCGCUUAUAUGGCAUGAAACUAAUAUACCUUACGCUGUCUAUGGGCCGGAGAGCACCAGGACUCUCUCCAUGAAGUAUUAUCCAUCCGAGGCAUUGAUGCACAAUGGGAGUCUCUAUGCUCAUGUUUUCUUUGCACGCUCGGGUUAUCCUGCCGACCCGAAUGAUCCAGAGUAUCUGCCUCUGGCUGCGUUUGGGAGGACGCAUGCCAUUGUGAUAAACUUGCCCAAGUCGAAAGCUGGUAAAAAGAGGAGUUUGCUGGGGGACUCAAAGGACGCUGAUGAGGAUGUCAAAAUUACUGAGGUGGUUGAUGAUAUUCAAGGUGAUUCAGAGGAUAAUGGUCCUGAGGAGUGGGUGUCAUACUGGAAACCGAAUAUUACUGUCAAUUUGGUUGAUGAUUUUACCCGAUACCCUCAUAAUACUGUUCCACCAAAUAUUGCUCCUUACUUAAAUGUGGAGCCUAAUUCUGGAAAUUAUUUUCCAACCGUUUACUUCAAUGAAUUUUGGUUACUUCGAGACAAGUUGAUACCAAUUAAUGAAACAGUGAAAGAAUUACCGCUGAAUCUGGAAGUAGGUCCCAUAAGCAUGACUAAGUGGCAACUAUUCCUACAAAUUGAUCAGUCUUUCCAAAUUCACCGUAGUUAUGGAAGCAUGCUUGAGGGUGAGGCUGAUGAACUAAAGAGAGUAUUCUUGGAAGGAAAUCCUAUCCUCCUGGCAAUCACGAUGACUGUUUCUUUACUUCAUUCAGUGUUUGACUUCUUGGCAUUCAAAAAUGAUAUUCAGUUUUGGAACAAAAAUAAGUCUAUGGAAGGGCUGUCUGCAAAGUCUGUUGUUGUGAGCUUCAUAAGCCAGUUCAUUAUCUUCCUAUAUCUACUUGACAAUGACACUUCUUGGAUGAUACUUGGAAGCGCUGGAGUUGGCUGCUGCAUUGAAUUCUGGAAAAUUGGGAAAGCCAUGCACAUAGAGAUUGAUAGAAGUGGGAAGAUACCAAUGUUGAGGUUCCGAGAUCGGGAGUCAUAUGCAGGGAAUAAGACAAAGGAAUAUGACGACAUCGCCAUGAAAUAUUUGACAUAUGUGCUUUUGUUCCUUGUUGCAUGCUCCUCGAUUUAUUCACUCAAGUACGAACAGCACAAGAGCUGGUAUUCUUGGGUUCUCUCUUCAUUCACGAGCUGUGUCUAUAUGUUCGGUUUUAUUAUGAUGUGCCCUCAAUUGUUCAUUAACUACAAGCUAAAGUCAGUAGCUCAUCUACCCUGGAGACAGAUGACUUACAAGUUCCUCAACACCAUCAUUGAUGAUCUAUUUGCCUUUGUCAUAAAAAUGCCAAUGUUACAUCGCCUUUCUGUGUUCCGUGAUGAUAUCAUAUUUCUGAUAUACAUAUACCAGAGAUGGGUCUAUCCGGUGGACAGAAAACGUGUAAAUGAAUUUGGUUUCAUUGGUGAAGCCGAUCAGGUCACCGAUCAAGUCAUUAGACCGGUCACAGAGGGUACAGAGGAGACUGAAGUUAAGCCAGAAGAGAAGAAAACCAACUAAGCUGAUGUUAAAUAGAGAUAUUGCAGGACAUGAUGGGACUCACCCUGUUCCAAGGAUUGGUUGUAGGUUCAUGCCCCCUCCCCUUGUCUGCAAGACUAGGGUGAAUGCUUGGUAUGCUCUUCACCUGAUUUUGUUACUGGCUACGGGUUGAGGGGUGAUUUUUGUUGGUCUGGUUGCAGGAAGUAAGCUAACUAGGUGGGUUAUUACGUUCUCUUUCUGGCAAAAAAAAAACUAGGUUAUUUUAUCUAUAAUGUUUAGUCAUUUGAUAAUGCCAUAAAUUUUGUAAUAUUCUCUUUAAAUUGAUAUUUCCGAUAUAUUUUGGCUGGUGGUGAUGCGUGGCUAUUCGAAUAUUGUAGCGACUGAAACCUCCAUUAGUCUAAAUGUAAUUGUUACCUUACCGGCAUCAUUAUGAUGUUUUUACUGGCAACAAGUUGAGACUACUAACUUUUAUAGCA